AUGUUAGCCAGGGGUGGCAUGCAUUUGCCAGCUUUAGCCAAUCCCAGCAGCCUGUGGAUCCUUUCCCCUACCAAGGAUAGCCAGAUCCUCGGUUACCGCAGGGCUUACACAGCCGCUGGCGAAGUGUACUCCCCUUCCCUCCAAAGGAAGGUGGCCCGGUCCUUCAGCGAGUUGCCAGGCAACUGGAGAACAGGCUGGCUUAACCUCUUUCACUUCUGGCAGGAGGGUGGCUUCCACAACGUCCACAACAUCAUGAUCCACAAGUUCCAGAAGUUUGGACCCAUUUACAGGGAGAAACUCGGCCUCUACCAGAGUGUGAAUAUCAUUAACCCUGAAGAUGCUGCUACUCUCUUUAAAUCGGAGGGCAACUACCCGGAGAGGUUCAUGGUGCCACCUUGGAUGGCCUACCGUGACUUCCGCAACAAACCAUAUGGAGUGCUUCUCAAGAAGGGAGAGGCCUGGCGCUCUGACCGCCUCAUUUUGAAUAAAGAGGCCCUGUCCCUGCAGAUGAUUGACUGCUUUGUGCCCCUGUUGAAUGAGGUGAGCGAGGACUUUGUCAAGAGGGUCCAAGUCCAGAUCGGGAAGAGUGGCCGGGGAAGGUGGACGGGCGACCUCACCAAUGAGCUGUUCCGCUUCGCCCUGGAGUCCGUGUGCAACGUCUUGUAUGGAGCACGCCUCGGGCUCCUGCAGGAUUUAAUUGACCCUGAGGCGCAGAAUUUCAUCGAUGCCGUGACCCUGAUGUUCCACACCACCUCACCCAUGCUCUACAUCCCACCCAGCGUGCUCUGCAGGAUCAACUCUAAGACCUGGCGGGACCAUGUGCAAUCCUGGGAUGUGAUUUUCAGGCAUGCUGACAAGUGCAUCCAGAAUAUCUACCGAGAGCUCCGGCUGGACCGGAAAAGCACCAAGGAAUAUACUGGCAUUCUAUCCAGCCUCUUAGUACAGGACAAGCUGCCCAUCGAUGACAUCAAGGCUAGCGUGACAGAGAUGAUGGCUGGCGGGGUGGACACAACCUCCAUGACCCUCCAGUGGGCCAUGUUCGAACUGGCUCGCACUCCAGUGGUGCAGGAGCAGCUGCGGGCAGAGAUCUUUGCAGCCAGACAGGCAGCACAGGGCAAUAUGCUGAAGAUGUUGAAAGCCAUCCGGCUGCUCAAAGCUGUCAUCAAGGAAACACUCAGGCUCCAUCCAGUGGCAGUGACCCUACAGAGAUACACAACACAGGAGAUUAUCCUCCAGGACUAUUUCAUUCCCGCCAAGACUCUAGUGCAGGUUGGAAUUUACGCUAUGGGCCGUGAUCCCAAGUUCUUCACCAAGCCAGAGCUGUUUGACCCGGCAAGGUGGCUGAAAAUGGACUCUACAUACUUUAGGGGGCUGGGGUUUGGCUUUGGGCCACGCCAGUGCCUCGGUCGCAGGAUUGCUGAGCUGGAGAUGCAGAUCUUCCUGAUCCAUAUGCUGGAGAACUUCAAGAUAGAAACCAAGAGAGGAGUGGACAUUGGUACCAAGUUUGACCUCAUCCUGAUCCCAGACAAACCCAUAUGUCUUACGUUACGGGCCUUGGACUCCCAGCCAUGAAUGGAACAGAAGCUACCGCUCCCCACUGAUUCU